AUGGAGGUGGUGACUGCAGUGAAAGGAGUCUUAUUGCCUUUUUCUCAUGAUGUCUUGCACACCUACUACAGUCACAGGGAGAUAUUGGCUAUUCUAGGAGCCUGGUACACAGUGCGGAAAGCUUUCAGUAUCCUCCGUGGUGGUUGCAGCUUCAUCAGACAAUAUAUUUACCCUUGUAUCCUCAGCAGGACCGAUCAUCUCACACAGUAUGGAGAAUGGGCUGUUGUCACUGGAGCCACAGAUGGAAUUGGCAAAGCGUAUGCGGAGGAGCUGGCAAGCCACGGUGUAAAUAUCAUCUUAGUCAGCCGUAAUAUAGAGAAGCUCCAAAAAGUGUCUGAGGCCAUCACUAGAAGUUACGGGGUGAAAACUCGUUUCAUCGUUGCUGAUUUUAGCUGGGGCCGCGAGGUAUACCCUGCCAUUAAGGAGGGUCUGAGAGAUGUGGAUGUGGGGAUUCUAGUGAACAAUGCCGGAGUUGCCUAUGAGUAUCCACAACUUUUUAAUGAGGUUCCAGAAGACAAGCUGUGGGAGAUCAUCAAUGUCAACAUUGCUGCAGCCGUAAUGAUGGUUCAUAUAGUGCUCCCCGGCAUGGUAAAGAGGAAGAGAGGAGCCAUCAUCAAUGUAUCAUCUGCAUCAUGUUACAAGCCGUUGCCUCUUUUAACUACAUAUGCAGCUUCAAAGAGUUUCUUGGAUUAUUUCAGCCAGACUCUACAUUAUGAAUACUCUUCUAAUGGAAUCUUUAUACAGAGCGUAAUUCCCUUUUUUGUGGUUUCCAAUAUGACAAAUUUUAGCAGUCUUCUUCAGAGUAAGUCUCUGCUUGUUCCCUCUGCAAAGGAUUAUGCGCAUCAAGCAGUGAGAACCAUAGGGGUGUGCCGGAGGACAGCAGGACACUGGUCCCAUUCUAUCCAGGUAGGAAAGAAAAUUAGUCUGAAACACCACACUAUCGGAAUGAAAGAAGAUGAAGGGGCCUUACAGGAUAAAGAUGCCAAUACAGAAACUUGCCUCAUGGAUGUAAUAGCUGGCAGAAAAAUGUACGUCAUAUUAAGAUAG